AUGAAAAGUGUCGCUCGUUCUUUUAUUUGGUGGCCUAGAAUUGAUAUAGAAAUUGAAGGUAUUACAAAAAGAUGUGAACUUUGUUUGAUUCAUAGUGAGAAUCCUCCAAAGGCAGUUSUACAUAAUUGGCCUUGGCCUGAUGAUGCUUUUUCAAAAUGGGUGUAUGUUAAAUUUAUGCCUAAUAUAAUUAUUGUUUCAACUAUUAAAAUUUUAAGAGAAUAUUUUGCUUAUUGGGGCAUUCCUGCUAAACUUGUGACUGAUAAUGGCCCAUCUUUAUGCUCUAAAAAGAUGGAAGAUUUUUUACUAAAAAAUAGAGUUUUUCAUAUUAAAACUUCACUUUACAAUCCUGCAUCAAAUGGUGCAGCUGAAAAUCUUGUUCGUACUUUCAAAAAUUUUAUAAAAAAAUGUAACCCUAAUUCUGGCAUUGAAGUGGAUGUAUAUAGAUUUGUUAUGUCGUAUAACAGUACUAAACACUGUUCUACAGGGGUUACUCCUGUAGAAUUACACAUUGGGCUUACCUUGCCAACUCAAUUCGAUWGACUUAUUCCUUUUGCUAAGAAUAAAUAUAACAAGUGUUUGGAAAAUGCUUAA